AUGUCCAUGGGUAUGGACGCUGAGCAGCAAGAAGAAGAGUGCUGGUAUCAACUCCGGCGUGUGGGCCAUACAGCUACAUUACCUAAGGUUCGAGAUGUUAUGAAACUUCAUGUUGGUGUGACAAAGUUUGGCCGUGCAGCAAGUAAUCACUAUUAUCUCGACUCGGCCACACUGCCGAACUUCAUAUCACGCCAUCACUCGGAGAUCCAUGGAAUCCGUGAUGAGGAUGGACUCAUCAAGUUUGUCCUACAUGACAAGGGUCUUAAUGGAACCUUCAUUAACGACAUCAAGAUGCAGAGCUCAUGUGAACUUGAGGAAGGGGACAAGAUAACAUUUGGUCACACAAAUGGCUACAAAUUGGCACCUGGCCAACAUUCAAGGCAGCCUCACUCUGAAUUCCAGUUUAUAUUUGAAAAAGUUUACAGAAGUAAUGAAAACAUAGUUAACAAUGGAGUCAAGCAAGAAAAGGAAAACAGCACAUUAAGCGACACGGAAAAACGGAAACGAAUUUGUGCGCGGGACAAUGCUGUAGAUAUCGAAACAUUCAAAGAAAGAUGGUCUAGAAAUAAUUCAAAUUCAAAAACUGAAAGUGAUUCAGACAAAACUUCAGCAACUCGCAUUAAAACUAUCGAAAAUGUAUCUCAGGACAAUGAUUCAUGUUCCUCAUCGUCAUCUUCAUCAUCUUCAUCAUCAGCUUCAUCUGGUUCAUCAUCAUCAUCAUCAAGUUCAUCUUCAUCAGUCAGAUCUUCAUCAAAAUCUCCAAAUUCACAUACAGCGGACCAUGCAGCAGACACUGAUACGCCAAGUUUUAAUAUAUCUCAAAACCGUCACGAAAAUUCUACAAUUAUUAUGUCUGAGCCGAAUAGUGAUAAGGAUGAGAGCGAUGAAAAUGACAAUGAAAAUGAUAAUGUUUCAGAACAAUCUAGCCAAUCUUUGCAUAAAGUAGACAAUGAUAGUGAUGAUAGUGAACAGUCUGAUUCGAACUCUGGUGAUAAUUCGGACGACGAUGCAUCAAAUAAUGAAGAUGAGGAUGAUAAGUUCAAAAGUGAUAGUGAGAAUGACAAUGAAAGUGAUACUGAAAUGAAAGAGGACAAUGAAAACCAAAAAGACAGCAGUGAAGAAGAAGACGAGGAAGAAGAACCUAAGGAAAUAGAACAACUGCCAAGUCCUGUUCCUGUAAAAAGAAAGAGUAGAGCUCCUAAAAAAGGAGCAAAAACAAAAAGAAUGAAACUUGCCAUGCCAUCACGACGAGGAAGACAGAGUCGGAAGAUGUUAAAAAGAAACAGUAAAAGUUCGGACUUCAAUGAUAAUGACGACCUGCCAUCACUAAAUGGAGGAAGCAGUCAUGACUCCAUGAUGAACGAAGACAAAGCUGAGAGCCACAGAGACCCAUACCUAUUCGCCAGCGAGGAAAGCAGUGAUGAUGAAACCAAUACACGCCUUAAAGCCAUCAUCCACAAGAUAGGAAAGAUAGGCACGAGACCAACCACAGGGAAAAAACGACAAAAGAAAACAAUGAAAAAGAAAACUCAGCAGAGGAAGCCCUUAAUUCCACCGCCACCACCCCCUAAAUCUGCAGCUCGGAAAAGGAAAGCACCUCCAGCCCCUGUGGCAGCCACAUCUGGGCGUGGCCGAGGUAAGAAGGCUAAGCCAACACCUGGGCGUGGCCGGAGAAGACGGGGCCACAGCAGUGAGAGCAGUGACCCAGAGGAGGAAGAGCUGGAGGAUAAUUUGGAGGAGGGAGUGGAGUGGUAUGAAGUGGAAACAUGUGAUGCAGAUGACUGUAAAAGACCGAGCGAUAAAACAGUGGCCUGGGUACAAUGUGACUACUGUGAUAAGUGGUUCCAUACGCAAUGUGUGAAUUGUAAGUAUGAGCAUGUGAAUGAUCCAGACAUCAAAUUCAACUGUGGAUGCUCAUAAAAUGGCAUUGAAAAAUGAAUUAUUGGGAAGAACACUGAAGAAAAUAA